GACGAGGAGGAAGCAAUUGCCACAAUACACAAAGCCAUUCGAGUUGGUAUCAAUUAUAUUGAUACGGCACCCUAUUAUGGCCAGGGACGUUCCGAGGAGAUAUUGGGUAAGGCACUGAAAACUGUACCCCGUUCAGCGUAUUACCUGGCAACAAAGGUGGGACGUUAUGAGAAGACCUAUGAUAAGAUGUUUGAUUUUUCCGCCAAAAAGACCCGAGAGAGUUUUGAAAAAAGUCUCAAGUUGCUGGGUUUGGACUAUGUGGAUGUUAUACAGAUCCACGACAUCGAAUUCGCCAAGGACUUGGAUAUUGUAUUGAAUGAAUGCCUACCGGAAUUGGAGAAAAUUGUCAAAGAAGGCAAGGCCAAAUAUAUUGGUGUUACCGGUUAUCCUUUGAAGGUGCUCAAGGAAUGUAUACAACGGGCCAAUGGUAGAUUUAAUGUUGUUUUAUCCUAUGCCCGCAACACUUUACUGGAUGACAGUCUUAAAUCCUAUUUGGAAUACUUUCAACAACAAAAUCUGGCCAUUGUUUGUGCCGCCGGACAUGGUGUCGGUAUUUUAACGAAUCGUGGUCCCCAACCCUGGCAUCCGGCCCAAGAUGAAAUAAAACAAUUAUGCCAAAAAGCGGCUAGCAUUUGUAAAGAUGCGAAUAUCGAACUUGGCAAACUGGCCAUGUAUCAUUUUCUGCAACUGGAUGGUCCGUCGACGUUUUUGGUCGGCAUGCAGACACGUCAUUUGCUGGACAUGAAUUUGACUGCCUACUAUAGUGGCCUAAACAAAAAGGAACAGGAAGUGCUGCAGCUCUUGAAAGAUACUGUUUUUAACAAAUCACUCAACUGGGAGGGUAAUGAACUGGAAUGCUACUGGGCUGCCAUGAAUAAGAAGAAAUGAAA